AUUAUUGAAAAUACGAAUGCUCAAUGAACCAAUAAAAAAUAACAUUUCAGUUUUUAAUUUUUAUAUGGGCUCAGACUAUUCAUAAGUAUUUUGUAUAUAUUAUAUAAGAUAACUUGGGUAAAUAUGGAUAAACACAACAGUUCGGAACUAUUGAAUUCAAAUUUUUCACUGUCCAAAAAUGCAAGUUCCGAUUCACUGGAUUCUGAUUCAAAAUCUAGUUCAUUGAAUUCCAAACACGGACAGGACUCCCCUCAUGUAUUGGGUGAUAUACAACUUUUGGAUGGUGAGAAGGUGAUGGGAGUUGCACGAGAUGUUACAUAUCUUUGUCCGUAUAGCGGUCCUUCUAGAGGGGUCCUUAAAGUGACAAACUAUCAGCUACACUUUCGUCCCACAGAUGCUACCUUAUUGCAAACAAUAUUAAGUGUACCUCUGGGUGUGGUAUCGCGAAUUGAGAAAGUUGGUGGUGCAUCUUCCAAAGGUGAAAAUUCAUAUGGGAUAGAAGUGUUUUGCAAGGACAUGCGUAAUCUGCGCUUUGCCCACAAACAGGAAAACCAUUCGAGACGUGGGAUAUUUGAAAAAUUGCAGCAACUAGCAUUCCCCUUGUCUCACAGACUGCCGCUGUUCGCAUUUAGCUAUUCUGAGAGUUUUGCUGACGAUGGAUGGCUUGUGUAUGAUCCCGUAGCAGAACUAAAAAGAAUGGGUGUCAAUAAUGAUAUGUGGCGUAUAACCCGGAUAAAUGACAAGUAUGAAAUAUGCGAUAGUUACCCGGGUGUGUGGGCGGUGCCUUCCGCAGCGAACGACGAUCUACUGCGGUCCGUGGCCGCGUUUCGUUCUCGCGGUCGUAUACCGGUGCUCGCGUGGAUACACCCGAGCUCUCAAGCCACCAUUACCAGAUGUAGUCAGCCGCUCGUUGGAGUUAGUGGCAAACGCAGUCGUGAAGACGAAAGAUACAUACAGCUGAUAAUGGAUGCCAAUGCGCAAGCGCACAAACUUUUCAUAAUGGAUGCCAGACCCAGCGCUAACGCGAUCGCCAACAAAGCUAAGGGUGGCGGAUAUGAAUCCGAAGACGCUUAUCAAAAUGCCGAAUUAGUUUUCCUAGAUAUACACAACAUUCAUGUUAUGCGAGAGAGUUUGAGAAAAUUGAAGGAGCUUUGUUUCCCACAAAUAGAUCAAACGAGAUGGUUUAGCGGUAUCGAAGCGACAUGUUGGCUCAAACAUAUAAAAUGUAUUUUAGCUGGAGCAGUACGCAUCGUUGACAAGGUGGAGAACCAUAAGACAUCGGUGCUGGUUCACUGUUCUGACGGGUGGGACCGCACGGCGCAGCUGACCGCACUGGCGAUGCUGAUGCUGGACCCCUACUACCGGACUCUCCGGGGCUUCCAGGUGCUCAUCGAGAAGGAGUGGCUCUCUUUUGGACACAAGUUCCAGUUGCGCAUUGGCCAUGGCGACGAGCGGCACUCGGAUGCAGAUCGGUCUCCCGUAUUCGUCCAGUGGGUGGACUGCGUGUGGCAGCUGCAGCAGCAGUUCCCCACAGCCUUCGAGUUCACCGAGAGACUGCUCAUCACCGUCGUCGACCACCUCUACUCGUGUCGCUUCGGCACCUUCCUGUUCAACACGGAGCGGGAGAGGGUUAAAGAGGAAGUGAAAUCAAAGACCAUCUCGCUCUGGUCUUACAUCAACAGUCGACAGGACCUAUAUUUGAAUCCCCUAUACUGGGGACCCACGUCGUUUGGCACAAAUUCCCCCACAUCUCAAUACUCCAGACCACAGACAGUAUUAGUUCCGGUCGCUUCGUUAAGAAUUAUAAAGCUCUGGAAGGCUUUGUACUGCAGGUGGAAUCCCACUAUGAGACAACAGGAUCCGAUAUACCAACGUACUAGAGAGCUGGUCGCGCUCCGAGCACAGUUGGAGGCGGCGGCGGCGGCCGCGGCGGGAGACCACGCGGCGCGGACACAGCGUCUGGCGCUCACUCCGCCACGAGUAGCCAGCCCGCACCACGGCUGAACAUACGAUACGCGAAGCUGCAUAUAAUAUAAAUACCGCCAAAAUCUACCCUCUGCCAGUAGAUGAUCAGCCUUGUAAGUCACUCAAUGAAUGUAAAACAAGGAUAGUUGCGAGAAAUGAAAAGAACAUGCCGAUUUUCAGAGGGCUAUUUAUUUUUAUGUAUUUUGUAUAAUAUAUAUCUGUAAAUCUUUAUUCAAAUACAUAUUGUGAAAUCGUGACAAAACGAAAAGAUGCUGCUUGGUGCACUUGUAUCACCCCAAAUGAUGCAAUAGUUACUAUACAAAUAAAACUGAAAACAAAAUUUUAUGAAUGAUGCGGGACUCGAACCCGCGACCUCUCCCGUUCCGUCCGAGCGCUCUUUUCUUCUUAGACUUGGAAGUUGAAAAGAUAAUUUUAAUACAUUUGCUCAAAACAUAGACUUUCCAUGCGCAGCGUGCGGAUAGUUAUUCUUUUCCGCACUAUAAGUACCUACUUUUUCUUUUCAUUCCGCACAUAGGGUUACCAUUUAUUUAGUAAUUCGAAAAGUCCUGACAAAAAGCCUGAAAUUUCGAUAAAAGUCCGGACUUUUUAGUUGAGAUCAAGAUUAAUCCGGACGGUAGGUAACCCUAUCCGCAUAUAACCUGUAAAUGCUUGAAGUACCUUUUAUUUAAAAAAGGUUUCUGACAAUUAUGAGCUUUAGCAGCAUGUAUAGCGUAGGUACCUAAAUUCUUCAAAGCUUUUUGAGAGGUAGAAGGAAUAAAUCAUUAAUUUAAAUUAAGUUAAUAAAAAUCGACAAAUAUUUACAAUCAUUGAUAGUUCAUCAACUAUAAUAUGGCGCGUUUUCGACCGGAGGCACCCGUUGACCUGAAGUGAUGCUGUGACCGCGCGCUCUCCGCCCUCUAUCUCGAAAACGGUUCACCCUAUAACUAAUUUGUAGAGAAUUUUGUACACUACAAUAUUGAUAUUAAAUACAAAUAGCAAAAAACCCAUAGGAAUUGAGAUAUUUACAAAAACAGCGCAAAAAACCGAUUUUUGUGACAUUUGACCUUGAAAUUGAAUAGUUGCGUACACCCUACCAUAUGUAGGUUUUGAGACAACUUUAAGGGUGUCAAUAUACAAGUAUUUACAGACUUACAGCUGGGUAUCUCGUAUUCCGAGAUUCUUACCUAAUUUAAGCUUAAAUAACUGGACUAUAAUUCAAAUAAAUCACACAAAAAGAAAUAUUUUGAAUUUUAAAAAAUCAUUGUCAUUGAAUGAAUAAUUGAAUUGUUAAAUGAAUGGAAUGCAUAAAAACCGCUGUCAUGCAUUGUCCUCUAAAACAAGUAACGCAAAAAAUCUGUUGUAAUAGUGAUUGGGUUGAAUAUUGGUUUUUCGCAAAUGUAUUAGAAAAACUUCUUACACGUGCGCAUAUGAUUUGCUGAUCGAUAUUUUAAACGCUGCAAUGUAAAUUACUACUAAAAUAAAUAAUUCUUUCAUUAAUACUUCGUUUAUUUGUAUAUAAUCAGUAAUGGAUGAUAUUAGGUUACCACUAGGACUGGCUGUUUUAAUGUUAGCAGUGAGCUUACUGUAAUCUUUUAGAGGAUUCAUAUUCUGGGUGUAGAUAAAAUCUUGUAUGCAACUGUUGAUAAUUAGGUAUUAAAACACUCAUGUGAUACUAUUAUAUCUAAACCCACAUUCGUGUUUUAAGGCGAAGGGUUAGCAGAAAACACGCAAACAAGGUGUUUUCAGACAAGUUUUGUUGUGAAAAAGUAGCAUUUGGAGCUAUAAACACUACUUAAUCCUGUUACACAUAUCCUUAAGUCUUAUUUGUAGGUUGCUAAUGCUUGCUGUUGGUUAUAGUUAAUACUCCACAGCUGUUUUGAACUACCACUUUUCUUUGCAGUUAAACAAGUUUUUUGACAUGGCAUGACGCAUUUUUUAGUACUACUCUCAGAAAAGUUAUUCUAAUAGCUUGUAUUUUUUUGUGUAGGUGCAUUUAUUCAAAUUAGUAAUGAAUAACGAGGAUUUUAAGCAUAAAAACUGUUAGAACCUGUUAAAAUGUUACGUUUUCCACGCAAGAAUUUUGAAAAUAUUGGCUUUGUUACAUAGAUGGUGGGCCGGCAGCCGUGAGCUGAUAUCGCUAAAGGUCACUGGCAUUUAGUGUCGUCCUAAUACCCCUUAUUACACAACAGUUGCAUAAAUAACUAUUACAGCACGGCCCGUUGUAUGGUGCACAAUAAUAAUAUUACUAGUGACGUAACCGUUAUGUCUUAAAAUAAAUUCCUAUUAUAUCGACCCUGUUGCAAACUUCUUGAUCGCGGAUAUAUUGUCAGACGUAGUAAAUCCCAUAACUUGGUAUAUAAAUAUUAAUUCGUAAUGUCAUGUUUAUUUUAACAUCAAAAGAAAAAGUAAUGAUUUUUUUUAAACCUUCAAUAUAAUGUAUUCUGAAAAAAACAUUGGGUCUAAAUAUAUCUUUCAAAUGGAUCGAAUAUUGGAUUAUAUCAUAGUACAUUCCGAAGUAAUUUGAUGCAUUUCCCAAUAUAAUAUUAUAUUCUUCUAGUAUGAGAGAUACUUUAGAGCCCAAGUUUUGUUUCACUUAUAAAAUUACUGCUUUUAUAUUAUUUUAUUUUAAUUAUUACAAUAAUGGUAGAAACUUUAGAUUUUAUCGUAUGUUAUUUUACUCUUAAUGUUUAGAAUAGAAAAUAUAGCGUUUAGUUAUGAAGAACAUUAGUGUGUUUAGUAUUAUUGACCAAAUUGUCUGAAUUAGUUUAAGUAAAGAAUAUAUAAUAGUACAAGUACUGAAGUUUCAUACCGCAAAAUCAAUUAAAGAAAUAGGGACUCUUGCGGUCAUACAAUAAGGUGUAAUUCUGAUCGCACAGCGCUACUGACAUAUAUUUUUAUUCACCUACAAGUUGCCUCUCUUUCUAUCGCGUGAUUCUUACCUCUUCUGACUACAUUAGGGUUGACUUCUUUACCUAAAUUGUACCUACCUAGUAUGAGGUCAUAUUAUAAAAAUCACUGUUUUUUCUAUGAUAUAAAUAAGAACGUAAUCUUUAUUUUAAAUAAAUAUUAUUUUUUUGUCAAAAAUACAUUAGUUGAAGAUAGUAAUGUAUGCGUUGGAAUACCACAACAUAGUCUACUUAGUAUAAAGGAAAUAAAUAGGUAGCUAUCAUGAUUGGUAAUUUCAUUAUAAUAAUUAUCACUUCAUAUUAGAUUGUUGCAGCGUCUUAAAGACGCCUAAUAAAAUACCGAUCGGAUCGGGGAGGUCGGUGACAACAAAACCCGCGCGUGCGUCACUGGUCGCUCGUGAGUCCCUACUGGUGGGCCUACUCUAAAGAGGCCGCCGCACAUACUUACGAUUUCUAUACCUACACGGGGAGUGAGGCAGGCCUGGUUUAAGUAAUAUCAUAGGCAACAUAAUAUGCAAGGCGUCCCACGGCUAUGCCACAUGGAGGAGAAGUACCUUAAAUAUUGUAGAUAUAACAUUUUACUGACGGAAGACUUUAUUUUAAUUUAAAAAACAAUUUAAACUGCAUUCAUAGAUUUUGAACCGGGGAUCGAACAUGAUAUUGUCAGUUGUUUCUCCUUACGGCAAUGUCAGCUUUUCAUUUUUCUUCCGCAUCGAAUUAGCACUUAUAACAUUUCUAUAACCUCUUUAUUUACUUUUCUAUGGGAUGUAUCACUCAUAAACAUUGACGUACAAUAAACAACUAGACUCACAAUCACACUCCCAUAUUGUCUGAAGCAAUACUCUGCCUACGCAUCUAUUAGUGUCGACCGCGCUUUGAAUACAACGCCACGCAAUGACAAAGUUUUCAGUGAAAAUUCCAUAUAACAGCAUAUGCAAACUUAAAAAGGAUUGACUGUCGUAUUUCAGGUAAGUGCCCCUGUAACAAACUUGAGGUUUUUAAUCAUUUUGCUAAAUACUUACACUUCAAUUGCUAAAACUCUUGCAAUGACUUUGAAGAUUACUGCCAUUAAAUAAGGUGUUAAUUUUAAUGAAUGUUUUAAUGUUAUCUGUAUAAUAAUGUAUACGUAUAUACAACGCCGCUCGGAUAUUUUUGACGACCUUUUAAUAGACGAUUGGGAGUCUCGUUGUUUACUGCACGUCAAUGCAAGUAUUCUCAUAAGGCGCAUUAAAUUUAAUUUAUUAUUAUGUCCAUCAUAUAGCGUAGCGCUAUACACUACUUAGGUAGAACUACUUGACCGCUAUCAUAAACAAUAAUCUAAUAAUUUAAAUUUAUAAAUAAAAAAAAACUAAAAUUUAAUCACCCUUACUUUAGCGUUUGGUACUUAGUUACUCACCUGCGAGUUCUACGGUGCAGCGUGGGACAAGUAGGUGUCAGUGCCUACGGUAGCACGCGGCUACUAAAUUACUUACAGGAUAUUCCGAAAUGAUAUUACGGAAAAUUUAUUUAUUGUGGUGAAUUAUUUAUUUAAUUAUUAUAAGCAGUCGCCUGUUUAUAUAAUUACAACUAUGAAAAGAUUAAAAAACUUAUAACAAAUAAUAAACGAACUAAUUAAAACACCAUACUUUUUAAUUAUAAAUAAACAUGGUCUUAGACUGAGAUCUAUAGAGCUUACUCAGACUUUACUUACGUAAAACUUAGGUGAGUGACGUUUGCAUUGGGCUGUCUUAACUUGAACUGAGCAUAAUUUCAGCUGUCAAAUGAAACGAAAUCAAAGAUUAUGUUAAGGUUACACUUAGCUAAGUUUUACGUAAGGAAAGUGUGAGCAAAGUCUAAAUACGCUCUAUAGAUCUCAGCAUAUGUGUGUCUGGUCACACAUAGAAAACUAGUAUACUAUUAUUACACAAAUCAGUCCAAUUUACGUGACUGUUAGUCGCUUGUCUGAGCCUUAUUUAAUAAACCUAAGAAAUAUGCACUUUUUUUUACCUCCACCCAUGCUUUAAAUCCUCUAUUAAAGAUUCUAAAACAGUGAGCUUAUUGCCAACAUUAAAACACCCAAUUUCCUAAUAACCAUUACAUCAUACAAACGAGUGUUGUAAUGAAAUUCAGUACAACAUUAUAUCAUCCGUUUUCAUAAUAACACUCAUUGGGAUGAUAUUAUGGUUACUAGUACUGGCUUUUUUAAUGUUAGCAGUAAGCUAACAGUUUUAGAAUCUUUUAUACAGGAUUCAUAUGGGUGUAGAUAAAGUCUUGUAUGCAACUGUUAAUAAUUAGGUAUUAAAACACUCAUAAUGAACCCACAUUCCUGUUUUAAUACCCCUUAUUACACAACCAACAUAAAUAACUAAUUAUAAUAACCUUUAAAAACUUAUAUAGCUCCACGCUGUGUAUCGCCUUCUUGGAUUUAUGUGGCGUUGGAUGCUUAAAAAGCUACACAAAAUAACAUAAUACAUCAAGCUUUAAUAAAAUAGACUGUUAACAGAAAAAGUUUUGUAAGAGAUCAAUAAUAAAGAGAAUAAUAAAAAUAUUGACACACUCUUACACAAAUUAUCUUGCCCCAAACUAGGCAUAGCCUCUACUAUGGGUACAAGACAACGAUAUAUUUAAUACGAUAUAAAUACUUACACAUACAUAAAUACAUAUUCAUCAUAUAAAUGAUUGCACCUACCGGGAUUCGAACCCGGGACCUCUAGCUUAGUAGUCAGGGUCACGAACCAUUCGGCUAUAUGGGUCGUCAAUUAUCAAUAACCAGCUUGUGUUUUCCGAAUUUAUUUUACACAAACAUUCUGUAAAUAAUUUGUAGAUUAGGCUUAGUAUUAAAUGAAUUCCUACUUGAUGUUCACGUUAUGCUCUGGGUUAGACAGAAAUAAUGGAAUGCCAUUUAACAUAUUAUAAAACUAACAUAAAAAAAAUAUUUUUGUGUAGUGUGAGAGUGUAUUAAAUAUAUUUAAUACUAGCUGCUGCCUGCGACGCCGUCUGCGUGGACGCUCUAAAGCAGCAAAACAAAAAAAAACCAUACACGGAAAUGAUGGGGAACUUUUAAAUAUUAUUUAUAAUUAUGUUUUGAACAAUUUUCUGAUUUUCAGCUUGUUGGGAUUUUAUGCACCUUCGAAUGUCUAAAUUGACCGGGCUACUACAGUUCUAUUUUUAUAUGUUAGGUACAGUUUGAUUAUAUUAUAUGUACAGAUAAAGUCAUUUCUACUACAAUUAGUUUGCAGUUUUUAUCAAUUUUAAUACCUGAAAGCAUUUCUUUGUCGUACUUCUAACCUUUUGAAAUGAUAUUUGAUAACUAUUAUGUUUGUCUUAGGCUAGCCACCAAUGGCAUGACACGAGUUUUUUUUUUAAACGAGAUUUAAAAAGUACUGUGUGUAAGAGCGAGCGUGCAUCGCAUUGUUGGAUUUUUUGUUUUAUUUUGCCUUGUAAUAUUUUAAAUAAUAUUGUCCAACAUUAUGUACCAAAAACUCUUCAGCAGACGACAAAAUGGAAAAACAGAAAAAAUUUACGGCACUUUUCAGUGCAGUUUGUUUUUGUUAAGUAAGGAAAAUAUUUUGUAAUUGACUGUUAUAUGAUAAGUUGUAAUAUAUUAAUAAAGCUUUAUUAUGUGAUA